AUGGUUUUGCAGGAUCUUGGUCGCCGCAUCAACGCGGCCGUGUCGGACCUGACACGGGCCCCGAACAUCGACGAAAAGGCGUUUGACUCGAUGCUCAAGGAGAUAGGAAAUGCGCUUGUCGAAGCUGACGUCAACGUCAAGCUGGUCGCCCAGCUGCGAAAGUCGAUCAAGGGCACAGUCAACUUUAAAGACCUGCCUCCCGCCGUGAACAAGAAGCGUCUCAUCCAAAAAGCCGUGUUCGAUGAGCUGGUGCAAUUGGUAGAUCCACACUCUGAACCUUUCAAGCCGAAGAAGGGAAAGACAAACGUGAUCAUGUUUGUGGGCUUGCAGGGAGCCGGCAAGACCACAUCGUGCACGAAGCUCGCCCGGCAUUACCAAAGUCGCGGAUUCCAGGCUUGCCUUGUGUGUGCAGAUACGUUUCGAGCAGGUGCCUUUGACCAGCUGAAACAGAAUGCGACAAAGGCCAAGAUUCCCUACUACGGCUCGCUCACGGAGACGGACCCUGCCGUCGUGGCGCGUGACGGUGUCGAGAAAUUCAAAAAGGAACGAUUCGACAUCAUUAUUGUUGACACGUCGGGUCGCCAUCGCCAAGAAUCCGCGUUGUUUCAAGAGAUGAUUGACAUUCAGGAGGCCGUCAAGCCGGACGAGACUAUUAUGGUGCUUGACGCCACGAUUGGCCAGCAAGCUGAAGCACAAGCAAAGGCGUUCAAGGAAGCCGCCGACUUCGGCGCUAUCAUCAUCACUAAGACAGAUGGCCAUGCCAAAGGUGGCGGUGCUAUAUCUGCCGUAGCAGCAACUCGGACGCCCAUUGUAUUCCUGGGCACUGGCGAGCACAUGCUAGACCUCGAGCGCUUUGCACCACAGCAAUUCAUUCAAAAGCUACUGGGCAUGGGUGACAUGACAGGCUUGAUUGAGCACGUACAGUCGCUCAAGCUGGAUCAGAAGGACACGAUCAAGCAUAUAACGGAGGGUAUCUUCACCGUACGAGAUUUGCGCGAUCAGCUGCAGAACAUUAUGAAGAUGGGCCCCCUGUCCAAGAUGGCGGGCAUGAUUCCAGGCAUGAGCAAUAUGAUGUCUGGUAUGGACGACGAAGAAGGGAGCCUCAAGCUCAAGCGUAUGAUCUAUAUCUGCGAUUCGAUGACCGACAAAGAGCUUGACUCAGAUGGUCGCCUCUUCCUGGACCAACCGAGCCGCAUGACACGCGUGGCCAAGGGUUCUGGAACAUUUGUCCGGGAAGUUGAGGAUCUGCUUACCCAGCAACGGAUGAUGGCCGGUAUGGCCAAAAAGAUGGGUGGUAAUAUGAAGAAUAUGCAACGUGCCCAGUCGGCAAUGACCGGACCAAACAAGCAACAGCAGAUAGCCGCUAUGCAAAAGCGACUACAGAGCAUGGGCGGUGGUGCUGGGGGAGGCAUGGGUGGACUUGGGGGUAUGAUGCCGGACAUAGGAAACCUCAUGAAAAUGUUUGGCGGUGGUGGUGGUGGUGGCGGUAUGCCAGAUGCAAACGAGCUGCAAAACAUGAUGCAACAGAUGGGAAUGGGAAAGAUGAUGCCACCUGGCGGUGCUGGUGGUGGCCGAGGGGGGCGGAAGAAAUGA